AUGUCAUGCACAUUUCCCAAUAUUGAAAUAUUAUUGAAAAUUUUUUUAACUAUUCCUUUAUCUAAUGCAUCUGGUGAUAGAUCUUUUACUGUUUUGAAAAGAAUUAAAAAUUAUUUGAGGAGUACAAUGGGGGAACAAAAAUUAAAUAAUUUAGUUGUUUUGUAUAUAGAACAAGAAAUAAUUAAUAGUGUUGACACUGCCAAAAUUAUUGAUGAAUAUGCAAGAAGUAAAGCUAGGAAGAAAUUUAUUUGA